AUGAAAGCGCAGGUAGGCAUCCCACUUGUGGUUACAACUUUUGUCCCCAGCAGACACCUGGAAAUAGUAGCGUUCUGGUUUUCUUUCUUCCCCCCCGCCCCACAUAGUGCUUUGUGGUUUACAAAUGAUGAAUUAUUUGUUUUCACCCGCUUUUGCUUUCAAACGGAAAAGGGGCAACAGCCUCUAGAUCCUGAAAUAUUACUUUACUCAUCAACGGAUAGUUCAGACUCUUACCAUCGAGAUCCAUAUACUAACAGGCAUAAAAAAACUUCCGCACAUGAUCAUGGUUUCGCGCGUAACUCCUGA